GAGCGCGCGGGAAAGAGACCCUUUUAAACUGUGGCGGGAACGUCAUUUUCGGGUUCUUGUUCAGUUAAGACAUCCGCAGCUGGGGCGUUGGUGCGAAUUGUCUCUUGCUGUGUGAACAUGGUGCGGACCAAAGCAAACUACGUCCCGGGAGCCUACAGAAAAGUGGUGGCUUCUCGAGCCCCCAGGAAGGUGCUUGGCUCCUCCACCUUUGUCACCAAUUCUUCAUCGUGCUCGUCGAGAAAAGCUGAAAAUAAGUAUGCAGGAGGGAAUCCAGUUUGUGUGCGCCCAACUCCAAAGUGGCAAAAAGGCAUUGGAGAAUUUUUCAGGCUGUCUCCUAAAGAUCCUGAAAAAGAGAACCAGGUUCCUGAGGAAGCAGGAUGCAGUGGCUUAGGAACAUCGAAAAGAAAAGCAUGUCCUUUGCAACCUGACCACCCAGAUGACGAAAAUGAAUAGAACUUACUCAUCUGCAUAAUGUCUUCAGUUUACUUAGGUAUUCUGGGAUGUAAAUUUGGGUAGAUGUGUUUGUUUAUUUGACUUGUUGAUUACACAUUCAUGUAGCCAUUCAAAACAACUGGCUGUAAAAAGGGAGGAUUUUUAUAAUUUGUAAAUUAUAAUUGCAUACUCGAAUUUAUAAUGUAAUAAGAUGCUUCUUUUACCUGUUAAGUUUCUUGCUAAAAUCAACAUUGCAUGAUGUUCUAAUUACUAAUCUACCGUCUUUGAGAUUUGCUUAGAUCUAUGUACCAAUACCAUAUUAUGGACACUUCAUUAUUGAAAUAGUGCCAAAUUGUUAUGGCUUGUUUGCUUUAAAAACUUAACUUAGUCUUUUUCACAUUAAAAAAAAAUCAGUAUUAACU